AUGGAAGAUGAAAAUAAAGAAGUUAUGGAUACUUCACAACAACAACAACAACAACAACAACAACAACAACAACAACAACAACAACAACAACAACAACAACAACAACAACAACAACAACAACAGCAACAACCAUCACAAGAUACUAUAACUUCAACAACAACAACAACUACAGAUAAUAGUGGACCAACAACAACAGUAGCAGUUUCACCUCCAACAACAACAGCAACAGCAGCAGUUUCACCAACACCAGAAAAUCAAAAUGUUACAACACCAACACCCAUAUCACCAAGUUUAUCAAGUGUUAAUGUUUCACCAACUACUGCAGUAACUAUUACAGCUUCACCAACAACUUCAACAACUACUACAGCUUCACCAACAACUGUAGCAGCACCAACAACAGUUGGUAGUACACCAACUACAACAACAGCAUCACCAUUAGGUAAUAUUUUAUCAUUAAAUAUGCCAGCAGUUGGUAAAAGAUUAAAUGUACAAAUUGAAACAUUAGAAAAUAGAAUAAAUAAUGAUAUGUAUGAUACUGAAGCAUGGACACUUUUAUUAAAUGAAGUUCAAUCACAACCAAUUUCAAUUGCAAGAGAUAUUUAUAAAAGAUUCUUAUCUGUAUUUCCAACUGCGGGUAGAUAUUGGAAAUUAUAUGUUGAAGAAGAAAUGAAAGAAAAAAAUUAUGAUAUAGUUGAAAAAAUAUUUUUUGAAAAUUUAAGAAGUGUAAAGAAUGUUGAAUUUUGGAAGAGUUAUAUAGCAUAUAUUAAACAGAUUAAAGGUGAUAAAGUUGAGAAUAGAGAAGAGAUUAUUAAAGCAUUUGAAUUUGCAUUGGAGAGUAUUGGAAUGGACAUUUCAUCCACAUCGAUUUGGACAGAUUAUAUUCAAUUUUUAAAGGAUGAAAAGGCAAGUACACAAUUUGAAGAGGGUCAAAAGAUGACAGCAAUUAGAAAACUAUAUCAACGUGCAAUAGAGAAUCCAAUGCAUGAUUUGGAUAACAUUUAUAAAGAGUAUGAAGUUUAUGAAAAUUCAAUCAAUAAAACCUUGGCAAAGGCAUUGUUAUCCGAUCAUCAAGGCAAAUAUCAACAUGCAAGAAACGUCUAUAGGGAUCGUAAGUCCCUAUUGGAGGGUAUUCUAAGGAACAUGUUGGCAAAGCCACCUAGAUCAUCCGAUAAGGAGGAACAUCAAGUUAGACUAUGGAGAAAGUUAAUAACCUAUGAACGAUCAAAUCCGCAGAAAUUCGAUGCUGUUACAUUGAGAAAUCGAGUAAUUGCCACCUAUAAUCAAUGUUUGCUUUGUCUUUAUCAUUAUCCAGACAUUUGGUAUGAGGCUGCCACUUAUUUAGCCGAUUGUGGUGAUUCAAGUGGUUGCAUUGCAAUGUUUGAUCGUUCGUUGAUUGCCUUACCAAAGAAUCUUUUCAUACAUUUUGCAUAUGCCGAUUAUUUAGAGUCACAAAAGAAACAACCUCAAGCUAAAGAAAUCUAUGAAAAGAUAUUACAAGCCAAUCCAGAGCCAUUGGUAUGGAUACAAUAUAUGAAAUUCUCAAGACGUACCGAAAGAAUUGAAGGACCACGUAAAAUAUUUAAACGUGCUAAAUCAACACCAGAUUGCACCUAUCAUGUUUACAUUGCAUUGGGUUUAAUCGAAUAUUACAUCAAUCAAGACACAAGAAUGGCAAGGGAUAUCUUUGAAAUUGGUUUAAAGAAAUUCCCAUCGGAAAUUGCUUUUGUCAAUUUCUACAUUGAAUUUCUAACCAAUCUAAAUGAAGAAAACAAUACAAGAGUACUCUUUGAGAAGCUAUUAACUUGGCCAUCAUUGGAGAAAUCGGAAUCAAUUUGGAGAAAAUUCUUAGAUUUUGAAUAUCGUCAAAAUCAAGAUGUUUCAUCAAUUCUAAAGUUAGAGAAACGUUAUCAAGUGACUGUAAAUUCAAAUACCGAUAAAUCUGGUGUACUUCAAGCAUUGAAUAGAUAUAAAUUUUUAAAUCUUUGGAGUUGUCAUCCAACUGAAAUUGAAAUCAUUACAAAGAAUAUCUUGGAUGAUCAUUCAGAUCAAAAUAAAGAUGAUCAUCAUUCUCAUUCUCAUGCUCAUCAUCAUCCCCCUCAUUCACGUCAUAAUGCAAAUAAAGAUUCAACUGAAAAAGACCAAGGAGCUAUUGAUGGUAAAGAAGGAGCAGUAGCUGCUAAACUUCAUAAAAAAGGUAAAGGUAAAGAAAUUAAACCAGUACCACAAAUUGAAUCAAAACCAACUUUUUCAACAAUUAUACCUACUUCAAAUUGGAAAGUAAAAAAACCAGAUAUAACUCAAAUGGUACCUUUUCGUGGUGAAAUUGGUAAAUUCACUCAAUCAAGUGUAGUUUCAAUACCGCAACAACAACAACAGCAACAGCAACCAACACCAAUAUCAUCACAACCAAUAUCACAACAACAACAACAACAACAACAGCAACCAACACCAUUAUCAUCGCAACCAAUAUCAUCACAACCAUCAUUACAAACUAAUACUCAACAACAAGGUAAUCAACCACCAAAUAGAAGUGGUUUACCAGAUUUUAUAUUUUAUUUCCUUCAAAAUUUACCUUCGAAUCAAUCAUUUAUGGGACCAUAUAUAGAUCCUGAACAAUUGAUUGGAAUUAUUAGAGAUACUCCUUUACCAAUACAAUUUUUAAAUCAACAACAAUUACAAUUACAGCAACAACAAUUACAGCAACAACAAUUACAAUUACAACAACAACAACAAUUACAAUUACAACAAAUACAACAACAUCAACAACAACAACAACAAGCAAAUAGAACCUCACCCACUUUAUCAAAUGAAACUUUAAUUAUUCCUAAUAAACCUCAACAACCUCAACAACCUCAACCUCAACAAACACAAACUCAUAAAAGAAAACAACCAGAUGAUGAAUCAAAUAAUGAACAACAACAACAACCACCACCACAACAACCACCACAACAACAACAAGAACAACAACAGCAACCACCAACAACAACAACAGCAACAACGAGUGUAGUAUCACCAAUAACAACACUAAAUUCAACGCCAAUAUCAGCUCCAACUACAGUAUCUCCAAUCACUACAACGACAAUCCCAUCAACAAGUUCACCAACUACAACAUCAACAACUGUAACUGCUAAAUCACAACAAUCAGCUUCUGAUAUAUACAGAAAACGACAGGCAAAUAAACUUUCUAAAAAGUCUUAA